GCCCGGACGCGGAGCGAGAGGCUGAGAGAGUCGGGAGACGCUAUCCGCUUCCAUCCGUCGCGCAGACCCUGUCGGAGCCGCUGCCGCUAUGGAUGAUCGGGAGGAUCUGGUGUACCAGGCGAAGCUGGCCGAGCAGGCUGAGCGAUACGACGAAUCCUGCUGGCUCUUCUAGCCCACCCUCCAGCAGCUUGGUCGGCAAUCUUGAUGUUUGACCCCAAUUUUGAAAGAAGUUCUACUUCUUGUCUACUACUACUACUUGUGCAUAAAAUGCUAUCAAGCAUCACAUGCUACAGAGAAAUCAUUCGUGAAAGGAAGUGUCAGUCGAUGUGGCAGACUUCAUUGUUUUAAGAAAUUGCCAGUCACCUCAGCCUUCAGCACCCACCACCCUGAUUAGUCAGCCGUCAUCAACAUGGAGGCAAAGACCCUCCAGCAGCAGAAAGACUAUACGACUUGGCUGAAAGCUCAGGUGAUGGUUAGCAUUUUGCAGCUAUGAAGUACUUUAAGAAAUGGUGGAAUCAAUGAAGAAAGUAGCAGGGAUGGAUGUGGAGUUGACAGUGGAAGAAAGAAACCUCCUAUCUGUUGCUUAUAAAAAUGUGAUUGGAGCUAGAAGAGCUUCCUGGAGAAUAAUCAGCAGCAUUGAACAGAAAGAAGAAAACAAGGGAGGAGAAGACAAACUAAAAAUGAUUCGGGAAUAUCGGCAAAUGGUUGAGACUGAGCUAAAGUUAAUCUGUUGUGAUAUUCUGGAUGUACUGGACAAACACCUCAUUCCAGCAGCUAACACUGGCGAGUCCAAGGUUUUCUAUUAUAAAAUGAAAGGGGACUACCACAGGUAUCUGGCUGAAUUUGCCACAGGAAAUGACAGGAAGGAGGCUGCAGAGAAUAGUCUAGUGGCUUAUAAAGCUGCUAGUGAUAUUGCAAUGACAGAACUUCCACCAACGCAUCCCAUUCGCUUAGGUCUUGCUCUCAAUUUUUCUGUAUUCUACUAUGAAAUCCUUAAUUCCCCUGACCGUGCUUGCAGGUUGGCAAAAGCAGCUUUUGAUGAUGCAAUUGCAGAACUGGAUACGCUGAGUGAAGAAAGCUAUAAGGACUCUACACUUAUCAUGCAGUUGUUACGUGAUAAUCUGACACUAUGGACUUCAGACAUGCAGGGUGAUGGUGAAGAGCAGAACAAAGAAGCGCUGCAGGAUGUGGAAGAUGAGAAUCAGUGAGACAAAAGCCAACAAGAGAAACCAUCUCUGACCACCCCACUCCUUCCCAUCCCGCCCUCUUGGAAAUUCCCCCAUUGUCACUGAGAACCACCAAAUCUGACUUUUACAUGUGGUCUCAGAAUUUAGGUUCCUGCCCUGUUGGUUUUUUUUUUUUUUUUUUAAACAGUUUUCAAAAAGUUCUUAAAGGCAAGAGUGAAUUUCUGUGGAUUUUACUGGUCCCAGCUUUUAGGUUCUUUAAGACACUAACAGGACUGCAUAGAGGCUUUUUCAGCAUUACUGUAUUGUUUCCUGCCAGAUGUGGCAAGGUCACCAUUAGAAAUGGAAAUACAUUCGAAAGCCGUUAGACUUCUAGGUGAUGCAAGCAUCUAAGAGAGGUUGUUAUCACAUUACAGAGGCAUUGUGGUAUCAUUUUUCCUUUCUUAAUUGUUUAAAUCGAAUUUUAUACCAAUGUUUAAAGUUAAUUGGGUGUUAGCUUGAGGUGGUUAAAGGUUGGGGAGUUUGUUGUAAUGGUUUUGCUGUAAAAAGUAUUUCAAACUCUGCUGGAAUGUUGCUGAAAAGCGUGGUGCUGGUAACAGUUCAACAAUCCGUGGCUGCUCAUUCUUGCCUACUUUUACUCUCCCUCUGAAGCAGGUUAGCAUUGAAGGUGAUAUGGAAAAGCCUGCAUGCGUGUUCAAUUCUUUGUUUCUUCUCCUUCCCUCUCCCCCUGGGCCCCUCCUUUCCCUCCUUCGCUCGCUCAACCUCUUUUGUUCAGUAUGUGUAACUUGAAGCUAAUUUGUACUACUGGAUAUCUGACUGGAGCCACAGAUACAGAAUCUGUAUUGUUCUUACUGAAACACAGCAUGGAAUUAACAUUAAACUUAAAUAAAACAAACCUAAAUUAAAAAUGCCAAAUAUUA